AUGGGCAGCGCGGCGACGAAAUGCAACUCGUCGUUCUCGCAGAGCUGUAGAUCACAGGUUCACGUUCCACAUGGCCCAGAGGAGUUCAGCGCCUUGCCGGCCAUCGACAAACGACUACCGUUCACCAAUUACCGAGAGUGGUACAGCUUGAAAAACUAUUGGAAGACCGUCCAGCGGAACAAGGAGAAAUGCGCCAAGCUCUUGCUGUACAGGUACUCUGAAACGUUUUCGUAUGAAAUAAUCUCUUCACAUAAGUUUGGAGAGAAUCUGUACAGUUAA